CCUCCUCCUCCCCCCCCCCCCCGCUUGUCUCCCCCUCCCUUUGUUCCCUUUAUUUGUGGAUUGCAGGGGUUCCAGGAGGGGAACCAGCAACUGCUGCAGCCCGAGAAGGUGGGCUGGGUCCGGAAAUUCUGUGGGAAAGGCAUUUUUCGAGAGAUUUGGAAAAAUCGGUUUGUGGUGCUGAAGGGUGACCAACUUUACAUCUCAGAGAAGGAGCUCCGAGAUGAGAAAAAUAUCCAGGAGGUGUUUGACUUGAACGAUUACGAGAAGUGUGAGGAGCUCAGGAAGUCCAAAAGCAGAAGCAAAAAAAACUAUAGCAAGUUCUCCCUCGCCCACUCCAAGGAGCCCGGCAACACCGCACCCAAUCUCGUCUUCCUGGCCGUGAGCCCCGAAGAAAAGGAAUCCUGGAUCAAUGUGCUCAACUCUGCCAUCAUCCGAGCCAAGAACCGCAUCUUGGACGAGGUGACCGUGGAGGAGGACAGCUUUCUCGCCCAUCCCACACGGAACAGAGCGAAGAUCCAGCACUCCAGGCGGCCUCCGACCAGGGGCCACUUGAUGGCCGUGGCAUCUACCUCAACCUCUGACGGGAUGCUGACCCUGGACUUGAUCCAGGAGGAGGAGGCCUCCCCAGUAGACCAUGACACCUGCGAGAAGAGUUUCCAGGUGGAUCUAGACAAAUCCGCUCCCCCUUUCACCCCUGGCCGAAGGCGCUCAGGUUCAGAGAACGUCAACGACGCGGAGAAGAGCAAGAGCCUCCCACGGAAGAAGAACGUGCCUGGGGAGAAGUUCUCAGCUCGCAGGGCGGCCUUUGGCAAAGGGACCAUGUACACCCCUCAGGUCCCCAAGAAGCUCUCUCCCUUGGAGAAGAACAAAUGUGCCUCUAUGGAAGAAAUCCUCUGCUGCUGGGACUCUUCCUCAGCCAGGCAGGCGUCCCUGUGGACCGGCCUCAAGGACCAAGCGGCUUCCCCUGGGCCUGAGCCACUGGCCAGGAUACAGGAGCUGGUGGCCUUGCAGCUGGAGAAGACGCAGGGCCUGCUGACGGAAGCGAGGGGCUACGGGGGAGAGGCGCAAAAGGCACAGGAGCUCGGUUCGGCCUUGGCUGCCCCCCCCACCUGUGCCCCCUCCUCGCCCAAGCUGGACUCGGCGGCCACCUUGCAGGAGAUCCAGAGGCUGCUGGGUGAGGCCUCCUCCAACUGGAGCCAAGCCCAGAAAGUGCUGCAGGAGGUGAGAGAACUGAGGAACCUCUAUCAGCAGCUGCGGCUCUCACGGCCUGCGCCCGCCCAGAGUCUGCUGCUGCCUCAGUACAGGAGGAGCCUGAUGUGAAGGCAAGCAGUGGGGGGCGACCUCUAGGAAAAACAGGGCACGGGGCAGCUAGGAGGGUGCAGGAAGUGGGGAGCGGAUGUGCUGCUGGAAUUGGUAGCAUUUAAUGCUUCCCGGGUUCUGACUGUUACUCGAUCCUUACUCCUCACCAGCUCAGUUUUUUCCCUCCCUUCCCCCACAUUUCUUUGUCACCCAUUCCUCUCUUCCAACUUCCAGGCAGCCCAUUUCCAUGUAUCCUUUGUGUCUGUAGCCCCCAAAGGGCAGCAACUUAGAGGCGGCAUCUUGGAACGUAGUUUUUCAGAAACAGGGUGGUGUUCUUUUUUGGCCCCGGUGGAUUUCUCAGUGAGCCUCUUUCCAAGCAAGAUUUCUGGUUUCU